AUGUCUAACUAUCCCACUAUACGUAACCCAUUGCUCCCUAGUCCACCGGCAUCUUCUACUCGUAGCCGGUUUAGUAAAACAGAGCUACUUAGCAAUUUAUCAUUAUCCAACAACUCUACAUUAAAAUCAUCUAUAUCGACGGCUUCUAUUCGCACUUUUAUGAGCCAAACCAUGAGUCAGAUUAGUAAUGCUAGCGCCACCUUUCGUUUUAGUUCCAAUAAACGAAUUAUGCCGACAACACCUAGCACAAAGAAUAGUAGCAGUAAAAAGGGGUCACAUAACUUAGCAGCAGCGGCAGUGGCAGAGCCUUUAGUUCAUUACAAUGGACCCUAUCAUACAUUGGAAUCUUUUCCGAUCGAAAAACUGAAUUGGAUUAAAGAUGAACAAACAUCAGCUCUUGUUAAAAAUCCACUGACCAAUUACCAUCAAUCUAUUGUGCUGAGGAAGCCCUUAACCCGUAUUCUUCAAAUUAUUGCCACAGAUUCUUCAAAGUCAAGAUUAUUCCGAUGUGGAAUUCAGGUCAACCAGGAAACCUGUCUGAGUUCAUAUGUCACCAGCGAAAAGACAGGCAAACAUAGCUCCAUUGCCCAGUUUGACGAAACAUUCUUAUUUGAUGUCGACGGACCGGCUACUGCAACCAUCAGCGUCUAUGCCCAAAACAAGGGCACGCAUUUCUUUUCCAGUCGCACCAACAAACAAGAAAUCUGUCUCGGCAGAGAGACCAUCACAGUAUCCUUACACCCCAAAUCAAAAACCACGGAGCGUUUUGUAUUAAACAGUGAUCCUAAAGCUGGACAGAGUAACGACUUUCAAUUAUUGGUCGUGCAUGGGACCUAUAUCAGUCGUCGAACUCAAAACAUGUUGAACAAUACCAUCUUGUUUGAGGAUUUCAUUACGGCCUAUGUUCGCACCAGUAUGGUGCCUGUAAGUAAUUACUUUAAGCGUGUGCUAGGAUGUGAUUUUUUAUUAUUAUUACUUGCUAAACACAUGUUUUUUUUUAUUUGUAUAUAUAGAGAUGGGAUCGAUUUUGGGGUAUAUUACGUGGAGUUCAAUUUGAAUUAUAUGAUUUUGAAUACAAAGAGGUAUUUAGUUUGAACGGGUUUUAAUAUAUGUAUAUAAAAAAAAUGAUGAUGAUGAUGGUAACCAUGGAAACCAUAGAACCGGCCUCCGCUUUAUAUUAUCCCAUUGGAUAAUUUCAUUAGCGCCUUUGACCCUUCAGAGGAAGAUGAAGAGGAAAUCCGUAUUGAUAUAGGAGCACGGGGUAUAGCGCUUCAAUUUACGGAAAAGGCGAUUCAUAAACAUGAAAGACGAUGGAUGUUGGAUGAUUUAGAAUGUCGUAUGUAUCUUUUACCUGAAUCCUCUGCUGCAGCACGUGAAUGGGAGAACAAGUUUAAUUACGUUGCAUCCAUCUUUAAUGAAGUCAGAGGUUGGGAUG